AUGGAGGAUAAUAAUGACUUGUUCAUUUUGGCCACUGAUAAUGAUGACAAGAAGAAGAGAAACCCUAGUUAUAAUAAUAGGAGUAGUACUAAUAAUAACAAUGAAAAGAUCAAAGGGUCAAGUACUUCAAUGAGAUGUUGCCAAGCUGAUAAGUGUACUGUUAAUUUAAGUGAUGCCAAACAGUACCAUAAGAGGCAUAAAGUCUGUGAAUACCAUGCAAAGUCUCAAGCCGUCGUCGUCGCCGGACUCCGGCAACGGUUUUGUCAACAAUGCAGCCGAUUUCACGAGGUGGGAGAGUUUGAUGAAUCGAAAAGGAGUUGCAGGCGGCGUUUGGCUGGGCACAACGAAAGGCGAAGGAAGACUAGUACUACUUCUUCAUCAUCUGAUCAGUGUAAUGCUGAAGUUUCAUCGAGUAGAAAAUCCAUAAUAGGGUCAGACACUCAUCAGAUAAUAAACUUCCAAGAAAAUGCUGCAGCAGGUUACAAACAAUUUCAGAUUGGAUAAAAAAAACCGAGGCAA